UUUCUAUUCACCGUGGAAUUCGGGCGCGGCUACUUCCUUUCUCUCUCUUCUACUCUUUGAGUAUUCUCUCUCGUCAUUUCGAGUUGUUCCAUCUGGAAGAACAACUCUGUUUGAAUCAAAAAAGGUUAAUGGGAGAUGAAGACAUCCAAUCGUCUUUCUCUGCUAGCGGAUUCAAAAAGUAGGAGAUCAUGCCUUUGCUAUCUUCCUACAGCUUCUCUGCUUUGUAUAGUUUUCUUCAUAGGGAGUAUGUUUGUCACAACAGAUUUUAAAGAGAGGUUUACAAGAUGGAGAAUGGUUGAUAAUGUGCUGAUUACGGAACCUAUUACAUGCGAGAAUCAAUGCAGGCCUCAGGGCAGUGAGGCAUUACCCAAGGGGAUCGUUGUCAGGACAUCUAACUUGGAAUUGCGACCAUUAUGGGGUUCCCCUAAGAAAAGGAAUUCAAAGUCAAUGAGCUUAUUGACCAUUGCUGUUGGAGUAAGGCAAAAAGAAAAUGUUGAUAAAAUGGUAAAAAAGUUCCCAUCAAGUGAUUUUGUUGUAAUGCUUUUCCAUUAUGAUGGCUUGGUGGAUGAAUGGAGAGAUCUAGAAUGGAGUCCUCGUGCCGUACAUAUAUCUGCAAUUGAUCAAACCAAAUGGUGGUUUGCUAAGCGCUUCCUGCAUCCAGAUAUAGUCUCUGAAUAUGAUUACAUUUUCCUUUGGGACGAGGACCUUGGAGUUGAAAACUUCAACCCGCGACGAUAUCUAUCAAUUGUUAAACAAGAGAGGCUGGAAAUAUCACAGCCUGCACUAGAUGUAGCUAAAUCAGAGGUGCAUCAUCAAAUUACUGCACGUGGGAGGAGAUCGAGAGUGCACAGGAGGACUUACAAAGUUGGUGGUGGGAAUGGGUGUGAUGCGAACAGUACAGCUCCUCCUUGCACUGGGUGGGUAGAAAUGAUGGCUCCUGUGUUUUCGAGAGCAUCCUGGCGAUGCACAUGGUAUAUGAUUCAGAAUGACUUGAUCCAUGGAUGGGGAUUGGACUUUCAGCUUGGUUAUUGCGCACAGGGGGAUCGAACCAAAAACAUUGGGGUGGUCGAUGCUGAAUACAUAGUUCAUCAGGGCCUCCCUACACUUGGGGGUUUGGAAGAAAAUACCACAACUGCUGAAGCACCAGGUCAGGCUUCUCCAACUAAACUUUCACCAAACAUGGAAGCACAGGCUCCAUCCCAUUCACAUGUGAAUGCAGACAGAUUUGCGGUGAGGAAGCGGUCCUACGUUGAAUUGGAUAUAUUCAAGAAGAGAUGGAAAAAAGCAGUGCAGGAGGAUGAAUGUUGGAUUGAUCCUUUCCAGCAAACUGAGAAGCAAUAGGAACAGUAUAUUUUUAUGGGGUCUUCUCAAAUUUCUCGAGGUACGAUCCUCAGUUGAACACAUACACACAAUCAUGAACCAAACAAUGGAAAAAAAAAUGAAAUCACAGAGCACAGGUUGUAUUUACUUACAACCUGUGCUCAUUACUUACAAUACUGGGAAUGCUAAAACAUGAGUUGUAUUUAGUCAGAUAUGGUUGUAUGAUCAAGCCUGUAAUUUGCAGCCUUUUAUGUUGUAAUCCUUUUUUUUUUUUUGUAAUUAUUUGAAACAUUGUUUACAAUAAUGAAAAUGAAAUGCAUUUUCGCGUUACAAAUAAGAACUAAUGCAAGUGUUACUUAUAAGUGUUA